UAUUUAAAAGAUUUAGAAGCAACGGCGGUUAAAAGUUUUAAAAAGUAUUGUCGAAUACGUGAAGAAUUUGAAAAGAAAAUUUAAACCACCAAAGAUGCUGCUCAGAUUAUAUUCUCUGGUUAUUUUAAUAGUAGAUCUUGUGACACUUUUAUUUGGAAUAUUUUUUGCUAUUUUAAUUGCAUUAUAUAGAAUAUUUAGACCUCCUCCUUUAAAAAGUCUUCGUGGAGAAGUUGCAAUGGUUGUUGGUGCAGGACGAGGUAUAGGUAGAGAAUUAGCAAUUCAUUUAUGUCAACUUGGAGUUAAUGUUGCUUGUGUAGAUAUUAAUAUUGAAAAUUGUAAUAAUACUGUACAGUUAGCAUCUAAAUCGUUAGGAAUUGCUAAAGUAUAUAUUUGUAAUAUAACACAUAAAGAUGAAGUAGCUCAUACAGUGAAUAUUAUUCAAUCAGAAUUAGGUGAAGUUACAAUGCUUUUCCAUUGCUGCAGUAUACCAAGCCCUAGAGCAUUAGUUCAAGAUCCACCAGAAAUAAGACAUACAAUUGAUUUGACUAUCCUGAGUCAUUUCUGGUUAUUAGAUACAGUUUUACCAUGUAUGGAGCGUGUUGGUAAAGGUCAUAUAGUGGUUAUGUCAUCUGUGGCUGGUCUUUCUGGUGCUGCCACAGGAGGGAAAAGAGUUUCUUUAUCCACUGCACAGUUUGCAGUUCAAGGAUUAGCUGAGUCAUUACAUACGGAGUUAAGACAUUCAAACAGUAAUAUUAUAAUUUCUUUAGUCCAUGUUUAUCCAUUUAUUGUAGGUGCUGAAGUAGCAAAAGAUAUUCGUUUUAGAAUACCAAGUUAUUUUGGCACAAUGCCUGCCGCGGAAGCAGCUAAACAAAUUUUAGAUGGAGUUCGUCGAAAUUAUGCGGAAUUUAGUGUACCUGGAUAUUUGCUUUACUUAGGACAUAUUUUUAGAAUACUUCCAAAGAAGGCCUCGUUUAUGUUACGCGAUUUACUAGAUACCGGCGUUGACUUUGGAUGAAAAUCAAGUUUCCUAAUUAUGAGAGAAUGUAUUUUUAUUAUAAAAUUAUAAUAUACAUUGCAAAAUAAUGC